AUGACUCCCUCUUCCGUCGCCAAAGAAGACCUUCUCUUCCUCCUCCCCUUCGUCUCCCUCGUCACUCGGAUCCCCUUCUUCACCUCUCCUUCUCCUUCCUCCCUCUCUGCUUUUCCUCGACGUUGUUCCUUUCCCUCGCAUAGUAGAAGCUGCAGCCGGCCUGCCGCCUUUGCCUCACUUUCCCCCGGUUCCUCCGAGCUCCAUCGCCUUUGGAGCCACUUCAACCGGUUCGUGCGCCUCUUGAACGACGAGAUCCGUCUGGAGGAUGAGAGCCCUCUCAUUGCCGAGGACAACGGCGCCCCCAUUAACGGCGUGGCGGAGUAUGAGAGGCCGAAGAAGGUUUUGAUUUUGAUGAGUGAUACUGGUGGUGGGCAUCGCGCGUCGGCGGAGGCCAUCAGGGCUGCCUUCAACCAGGAAUUCGGCGAUGAGUACCAGGUCUUUGUGACUGACUUGUGGACGGAGCAUACGCCCUGGCCAUUUAAUCAAUUACCGAGAAGCUACAAUUUUUUGGUAAAGCAUGGUGCUUUGUGGAAAAUGACGUACUAUGGUACCGCACCUCGCUUGGUGCACCAACCACAUUUUGCGGCAACUUCAACGUUUAUUGCUCGGUUAGAAUGUUUCCUUGUUUUUAUCUUUCCGACACCUUGUUUUACAUCAGAAACCAAAGAAGACACUGAAGGAGAUAACCAAAGAUUUAUGCCCAAUUGA